AUGAUGACCAUGAGCUCCAUGUCGGACUCCCUGGUGCCGCCCGACCCGUCCAAGUCCGCCUUCCUGGAGUUCGGCGGCCACGGCUUCCCCGGCCACCAGCAGCACUCCCCCGGCCUGUCCCACAACCACUACCCGGUGCACGGGCUGCACGCCGUGGGCCCGGCGCAGCACGACGGGCCCUUCUCCGCCGGGGCGUCCUCGUACGGCCGCCCGCUGGGGUACCCGCCGUACCACAGCCCCGUGAGCGCGCACCACCCGGGGGCCUACCUGCCCUACCAGCACGGGGGGCACGGCGGCGCGCUGGGCCACAGCAGGCUGGAGGAUGGAGAGCAGGACAAGCCCACGACGGUGAUCGAGAACGGGGAGGUGCGUCUGAACGGGAAGGGAAAGAAGAUCCGGAAGCCCCGGACCAUCUACUCCAGCCUCCAGCUCCAGGCGCUCAACCAGCGCUUCCAGCAAACCCAGUACCUCGCCCUGCCCGAGCGGGCCGACCUGGCCGCCAAGCUGGGCCUCACGCAGACCCAGGUGAAGAUAUGGUUCCAGAACAAACGAUCUAAAUACAAGAAGAUCAUGAAGAACGGACCCUGCGGACCUGAGGGAGACCACCUCGCCCCCCCACAGCCCUCCUCCUCCUCGCCCUGCUCCCUGUGGGACAACAGCAUGGUGGCCAAAGGUGCCCCGGUGCACUCUGGGGGAUAUAUGAACAAUUUUGGACUCUGGUACCCUGCACACCAGCAGGACUCCAUGCCAAGGACUCAGAUGAUGUGACAGACAGGAAGCAGCAGGGGACACUUCCUGUCACUUCCAGGACACGUGAUGGAUUAACGCCCGGCUGCAGCUGGUCAGCACACGGACCUGGUUUAGAGUGUGAGCCGCUCUGGAGGCUUGAAUCCACGGGUUGUUACCAGAUACUGUGUGUGAGGGGGAAAUGGAUCAAUCAGAUAAUAUUCAAACAUAUAAACAACCUUUAAAGUAAUAAGACUUAAGUAAUAAGUUGUAAAAUAUAUCUUUAAAUUAAAAAAAUUCAUGAAAUAUUUGGUGGCUAUAAAUACCUCAGAGGCUGAAAAUGGCCUUUUCAAACUAAAGCAACCUGUGUCCACAGAGCUGUCCAUGUUAGCAGUCAUUAGAGCACAUGUCACAUGACCACUCACGUACACUGGGCGUGCACGUGACGGUUUAAACAGUGAAGAGAACAAACAUCUGAAUCUGUAAAGUAGAGUUUCACUGAGCAGCUGUUUGAGGAGACUCAGGCUCAGAACCUGCUUCUCCAGGUCGGAGGUCAUGUGAUGAGUCAGUGAAGGUCGUGACCCCGUGGUCCUGCUCGUCCAGAAUCAAACACAGAUUCAAACUUCUCUGUUUCAGCUUCUCUGAAUCUCCGGAGUUUGAGCUUCAGGUGAAUCUGUUUCAGAGUCGAUGUGUUUUCAGGUGAAAACGUGGUCGUGUGGAUGAAGAACUAAAAACACAACUGACAAAUUACAUUUAAACUGAAGAACCUUGAUUUUUUUGAUUCCAUCUUUAGCUGCAGAUCUUUUAAACACUCAGCUGGUUUCUGGCUCCAGAGCCGCUCCACACGUUCCAGGUUUCAUUUCCUCUGUGUUUUCUCCGGGUUCCAGUCGAUCGGAGAGUUUUGGGUUUUCAGGGUUUUCUUCUUGCAGCAGUUCUUCUUCACUGAACUUCACGGAUCACAGAACCCUGCGGUUUGCAAACGCUAAAAACAGAUCAAAUUAAAUAAGGAAUAGAAUUCACUUCUCUCCAUUGUGUGUGUUCUAUAAAUCUGACGGGGGUUUGUGUGGUACAAUUAUGGUUCAGGCCUGUAAAGAGUUAUUAUGAGAGAAAUGGUUGCAACACUUUUAUGAUUCUUAUAAAACCCUUUUUAAGUUUGUAUGGUAAAAACGCACUGAACGAUCUCAGCUACUUUAAUGUAUUAUUGAGUCUUAAUUGAGUCAAAUUAUAUAUAAAUAUAUAAUGUAUUUUGUCAUUAUAAUAAAAAAAAAUCUAAAAUAAGAUCAAACCAAAAAGAAUAUUCCAGACAUUUAUCUGAAAUCAUUCAUGUGCUGAUGUUGCGGUUUUCAGAAUUUAAAUAAUUUACUAAAUUAGAAUUCCGUGUGCGUCCGGCGCCGUCUCGUGUUCUGUCCCCGACACUCGUCUCUGAGCUGGGGACAGAAGACACUCGUCUCUGAGCCGGAGACAGAAGACACUCGUCUCUGAGCCGGAGACAGAAGACACACGUCUGUGAGCUGGGGACAGAAGACACUCGUCUCUGAACUGGGGACAGAAGACACUCGUCUCUGAGCUGGAGACAGAAGACACUCGUCUCUGAACUGGAGACAGAGGACACUCGUCUCUGAGCUGGAGACAGAAGACACUCGUCUCUGAGCUGGGGACAGAAGACACUCGUCUCUGAGCUGGGGACAGAAGACACUCGUCUGUGAGCUGGGGACAGAAGACACUCGUCUCUGAGCUGGAGACAGAAGACACUCGUCUCUGAGCUGGAGACAGAAGACACUCGUCUCUGAGCUGGGGACAGAAGACACUCGUCUCUGAGCUGGGGACAGAAGACACUCGUCUCUGAGCUGGGGACAGAAGACACUCGUCUCUGAGCUGGGGACAGAAGACACUCGUCUCUGAGCUGGGGACAGAAGACACUCGUCUCUGAACCGGGGACAGAAGACACUCGUCUCUGAACCGGGGACAGAAGACACUCGUCUCUGAGCCGGAGACAGAAGACACUCGUCUCUGAACCGGGGACAGAAGACACUCGUCUCUGAACCGGGGACAGAAGACACUCGUCUCUGAGCCGGGGACAGAAGACACUCGUCUCUGAGCCGGAGACAGAAGACACUCGUUUCUGAACUGGAGACAGAAGACACUCGUCUCUGAACUGGGGACAGAAGACACUCGUCUCUGAACUGGAGACAGAAGACACUCGUCUCUGAGUUGGGGACAGAAGACACUCGUCUCUGAGUUGGGGACAGAAGACACUCGUCUCUGAGCUGGAGACAGAAGACACUCGUCUCUGAGCUGGAGACAGAAGACACUCGUCUCUGAGCUGGAGACAGAAGACACUCGUCUCUGAGCUGGAGACAGAAGACACUCGUCUCUGAGCUGGAGACAGAAGACACUCGUCUCUGAGCUGGAGACAGAAGACACUCGUCUCUGAGCUGGAGACAGAAGACACUCGUCUCUGAGCUGGGGACAGAAGACACUCGUCUCUGAACUGGAGACAGAAGACACUCGUCUCUGAGCUGGAGACAGAAGACACUCGUCUCUGAGCUGGGGACAGAAGACACUCGUCUCUGAACUGGGGACAGAAGACACUCGUCUCUGAACUGGGGACAGAAGACACUCGUCUCUGAACUGGGGACAGAAGACACAUGGACAGGGUUCUGAUGGACUUUUAAUGAUGGAUCUGUCAACUUUUUAUGUUAUAUUGUUAAUUCUGCUCUUUUCCUGUCAGACCUGCGACAGGAAACUAAACUGUUUUAUAAUAUAUUGACUUUUGUCCGGCUGUGCUUAUUUGAAAUAAACCCAGUUAUUAUUG